AUGGAACAGACCCUGCAACGUAAUUCAAAGCUUGCAGAACCAUUGGCGGAAGAUCUGGAAGAACGGGUGCUAUCGAUGAGCUUAGAGGAGGGAAGUGACAGCUCUGGGACCAAUUCCAAUGCAGGUCACAACGUUGAAGUGCCCGAGAAUACACAUAGCUCUAGCCAACUGUUGGAUAGGCAAACUCCGGAUGGAAAUGAGCUUGAAGAUUACGAGAGCAGAGACGAGAGCAACCUCAAAAAUCUAAGUGUACCGACAUUGAAGGAACAGAUGACUCCAUGGCGACAGAAUAACAGAGCCACUGCAAAUACCGAUGGAAGCCCAAUUGAAAGGAUGGAUAAGGAAAGAGGUGGUUUUCCUUUCUUAGGGAUGGACAAAUUUAGUAUCAAGCAAACUGUUAGUGACAAAGAUUUAUCCAUUCUGCAGCAUCAGCUGAGAAGUUCCAAACUCAGGAUAUCUUCCCUGGAAGAGAUUGUGAAGGGGUUGAACACUGGAGAAUUUAAUAUGACACUCUUUGAUGCUCUUAGAAAACAAGAAGCACGACAUGAAAUUGACGUUCUUAAGACCAAUCUGAGCAAGAAACAAUCUGAGAUUAGUGAGCUGGAAAAGCAAUUAGAACUCUCCAAGGAAGAGUGUCAAAAGUUACGGCAGGAUAAUUUGGAUACCGUUGAGAUGGCUGAAGAACAGCUGAAAAAUUGGGAUGAAGUAUCACACAAGGUGGAUUUUUUAAUAGCUGAUAUACUGCAUAAUGGUAGUCAUUUUACAGAGCAGGAAGCCCAAGAGUUGAAUGCCGCGAAGGAGCUCGGCCAUGAAUUAAUAAUACCUAAAUUGAACGCUCUAGGAAAGGUUAUUCACCAGUCACUGCCUCAAGAGGAUGUUAUAGCCAACAGCACUCAACUGGACGCCAAAAAUUAUAUUACAUCAGACGAACAAAUUGGAUCACAGAUGGAAAUUGAAAUAGAACAAUUACACAAAGGAUACGAGGGAUUUAUCAGAGUUAUCAGCACUAACUUGGAUAAGUCGGCAAUUUUAGAAGAUGAAUUAAAGCUGCAAUUAGAUAGACAGCAACAGCUCAUCGAUAAGAUAUACGCAGAAACAAGUAUUGAAACGAAGAGGGACAAAUCUCAUAUCAGUAACGUGAAAAGUUUACAGGAACUGAUAUCAACGUUGCAAAGAACGAUCAGAGAAAAAGACCAAGAGAUUGCCAUGUCAGAAACUAAGUAUCAACAGAGCGAGGGCGCAAAGAAACUAAAGUUACAGAAUGCCAAAUUGAAUAAGGAGUUAGUCGAUCUGAAGAACCUCGAAGAAACAAACCAGGCCAGAUGGGAAGAGCUUGUUACACAAUUAGAGGACGAACUGAGAGACUGUAAUGCCGCGAACAGUAAACUUGCAGACAUUAUUAAGAGGAUGUCGCAAGAUAUUUCCGGUUUGCAGCAAGCCAACGAAAGAUUGACCAACGAAACUACGGACAGAAUUGAGCAGGCAAAGGAAAUUCAAAAGCUAGCCAUAGAAAAUGAGUCGUUACGGAGUGAAAUUCGCAAACUAGAACUACCAAGGAAAACGUUUACCCAGCAAAGAGAUUUGGAGUUCCACAAUUUCCGACAAAGUCUUCUAUUGCAUCUUACGAACGUCUUCGAGGUCUUGAAAAGAGUCAUCAAAAGACAGUCUAUUGACCAAUCGAUGAAAAAGAUCAGCACGAUUCAACAAUUUGAGGGCAUCUCGAACUUAAGGAACGUCCAAUCGAAAUUUGAAUCUCUCUACAACUUCAUCGAAACGGCGCUCGAUGCAGUGGUAGAAUCCUAUAUGAAUUUGGUGCUAGACAGAUCAGAUGAGUCAUCGUACUCACGCCAAAACGAUGAAAGUGAUUCGUCCGAUUACCAAUUACGAGUAAAGGAGCUGCAGAGAAAGUGGCUGGCCGAACGAGAGCGCAGAAAACUAGAUUCUAACGCAGCAGAGUUGAGAAUACAGAAUUUAGAGACAGAAGCGGAGCUUUUGAGGAACCAAUUGAACGGCAGUCACCGCUCUUCUCGGUAG